GGAAGCAUAUGCACUGCUUUUAAUCUUUGAAGUGUCAUUAUUUAGCAAAAUAAGUAGGUUAUGAAUGUGACCGAAAUAUCGGUUAACAUUGUACAUAAAAUAACAGUUAAUACAUUAUGGCAGAUUCAGAGUUAGAAUUGCAUACAGGACGAAGGAAUUACGAGGAAGUGUUGAAACAGCAACAAGAUGAAGAGGAACAUAAAACUGCAACUACUAUUGAACAGGCUCGCGUUGAGGAAGCAGUGCUCAAGUUUUACCGAUUGUGCGACAAAGAAGCGGAUCCUACUUUGCUCAGGCCAAAGCAUAUUCAGUUUUUAAAGAAAUCGAUUACGUAUUUAAGUGAAGCUUAUGAGUGUUUGGACUGCAGCAGACCGUGGAUGUGUUUCUGGAUACUGCAUUCACUUGCGAUAUUAGAAGAACGCUUGGAAAAUGAGGAGUAUUCCAAAAUAGUGGGCUUUCUAGCAAAAUGUCAAUCGCCGACAGGUGGUUUUGGAGGAGGUCCUGGACAGUAUCCGCAUUUAGCCUCUACGUACGCUGCGGUGAACGCGUUAUGCACUAUUGGUACGCAGGAGGCAUAUGAUGUGAUAGAUAGGAAGAACCUAAAGCGGUUUCUGUCGUCUUUACGAGGAGAGGAUGGUUCUUUCUCCAUGCACGAAAACGGAGAAGUCGACAUACGGGGAGCGUAUUGCGCUCUCGCCGCCGCUAAAUUGGCGAACGUGUACACACCGGAUAUGUUCAAGACCACCGCCGAGUGGAUAGCAAAGUGUCAGACGUGGGAAGGCGGCUUCGGCGGUUGCCCGGGAAUGGAAGCACACGGUGGAUACGCGUACUGCGCUUUGGCGACACUCGUGAUGCUCGGAAAAACAGAGCUCUGCCAUUUACCAGAAUUGUUGAGAUGGAUAGUGAAUAAACAAAUGCGUCUGGAAGGCGGCUUCGAAGGACGCACGAACAAAUUAGUGGAUGGUUGCUAUUCCUUCUGGCAAGGCGGUGCGUUCCCGCUGAUUGCAGCUAUCUUGAAGCAGGGGAAACCCGCGGGAAGUUUUAAUACUUCUAACCACUGGUUGUUCAAUCAAGAGGCCUUACAAGAAUAUAUAUUAAUCUGCUGUCAGAACCCACACGGUGGUAUGCUGGAUAAACCAGGAAAAAAUCGUGAUAUAUACCAUACGUGUUAUGCGCUCAGUGGAUUGUCGAUUGCGCAGAACUCGCCAGUAAAGUCGAUCAUCGGAAUGAGGCAUACGAAUAGGGUGGAAGUGAUUCAUCCUAUCUAUAACGUGGAAUAUCACGCUGCAAGAAAAGCGCAAGAGUACUUCUCCACUCUACCAAUACCUGAUUGAUGCGAACUAGCUAUUUAAAAUAUAUUUAAUCGUGUUUGCGUGUGUUUCCUAACAACAGAAAAAACAAUUCAGAAAAGACAGAUUUUAUCUCAAAUUGCGUGCGCAUAGAAAGUUAUAUAUAAAAUUUCAUUUUUGUGAUAAAAAAAAGAACUUGUAAAAUGUGACGUCAAUUGAUCUUCCAGGCACAUUGUUCGGUACUUAAAAAAUGAGCAUCUUUCCUUAUCUUAAUUUUAUUUUGUAUUAAUAAAGUUUGUGGAGGGUUAAGAAA